CCACACCCUCCAUGACGCACUUGUGCAGCAGAAGGUAGAUGAGGUUCGACGUUUGGUUCAGUAAAGUAGACUGGACUAAAAAUAUUACCAUUGGCGUCUCAGCGUAGUUAGCACAUGCUUCUGGGAGAACAUGGUCGAAGAAUACCUCAUCGUCGCUGUAUUAUUGUUCUUUUGCAUUUCUGGAGUAGACAACAAAGACAUUACUAAUGGGUUAAAACUUUCCAAGUAUUCCAUUGUCCGACCUCAGCUGCUUCUUACAAAAUUUCAGAAAUCUGAGGAGGGGGAUAAAUCCUAUGAGCUGAAAAUAGACAACAGAGCUCACAUCCUUCAUCUAAAGAGGAACAGAGACUUUUUACAUCCGGAUUUUGUCCGGGAUACUUUUAACGUCACUGGUAAUCCCACAGCAACUCAUCCGAAACAUGUGCAUUGUUAUUACCACGGAGAGGUGGAAGGCUACGAGAACUCUGUGGUGGCGCUCAGCACGUGCAACGGAUUGAGGGGUGUGAUCCUUUUUGCAAACGAGAGCUAUGGACUCGAGCCUGUGCCGCUGUCCGCCACCAACGAGCACCUUCUUUACCGGCUAGCCGACAUUCAGACCGAAUCUGUCGCCUGCGGUGUCAUCCACGAGGCCGUGGCUACCCCGAGCCAUGAAGCUUUUGAGCCCAGAGACGCCCUCUCAGCUCUGCUGCGGAAGAAACGCAAUUUACCUCAGACUCGAUACGUGGAGCUGGUUUUGGUUGUGGAUCAACUCAGGUAUCAAUUCAAGCAAGGAAAUGAGACGGCGAUACGUGAGGAGAUGGUGGAAAUGGCCAACCUGCUAGAUGGGUAUUACAAGCAGCUGAAUAUCCGCGUGGUACUAGUGGGGCUGGAGAUUUUUAACGAGGGCAACCCUUUCGAAGUGGAGGGUUCCGCAGGCACCGUGCUGCGGAGCUUCGUCAAGUGGAGAAAGUCCGACCUGUUGCCGAGGAACCGACACGACAUUGGUCAGCUUGUGAUCGGUCGGCCAAAUUCGUUCCCGGGAGGUGUGCUGGGCAUGGCCUUUGUUGGCACGGUGUGCUCGGCCACCAGCUCUGGAGGAAUCAACGUGUUUGGUGAUGACGCGCUGGUUUACGCCUCCACCAUUGUGGCCCAUGAGAUGGGUCACAACCUGGGCAUGAGCCAUGAUGACAACCGCUGCAACUGUGUUGGAGAAAGCUGCAUCAUGGCAGCCAGGGCGAGCGGCUCCACAAGCUUCAGCCGCUGCAGCGGUGAAGAUUUUGAGGCCCUCAUCCUCAACGGAAGAGGGGUAUGUCUGAUAAACCAGCCUUCCCUUUCGGACAUCGUUGGGACCGCGCAGUGUGGUAAUGGCUUGUUGGAAGAAGACGAGGAGUGUGACUGCGGCACGCCAGAGGAAUGCCAGAAUAAAUGCUGUAUUGCUGCCACUUGCAAACUCACCACUGGAUCCUCUUGUGCUCAGGGGAGUUGCUGCAAUGACUGUCAGCUCAGAGUGGCUGGGACGCCGUGCAGGGUGUCUCUCAAUGCGUGCGAUCUUCCUGAGUUCUGUAAUGGCACCAGCGCCUUCUGCCCCAACGACUUCUACAUCAUGGACGGCCUGCCCUGUCAGAACAGCGCGGCAUACUGCUACGAGGGCCGAUGUCAGACGUACGACUCCCAGUGCCGAGGUCUCUUUGCACCAGAUCUGGCAACAAAGGCAGCAGAUGUUUGUUUUCUGCAUGCAAACAUGCAGGGAAACCUAUUCGGGAACUGUGGGGUCACCAGCAGUGGAGAUUAUAUCAGAUGUGCUGUGGCCAACGCCAUGUGCGGGAAAGUGCAGUGCACUAACGUGGACGUCAACCACCCACCUCCAGGUGCUCAUGUCAGUAUCCAGGUCAUAAACGGAUCCAGGUGUGUCAAUGCCGACUUCAACCUGGGUACAGAUGUGCUGGAUCCCGCCUAUGUUAACCCUGGGAGUCCUUGUGCUGAAGGAAAAACCUGCCUCGAUUUUCAGUGCGUGAACGCCUCAGCUCUGCUUCCCAACUUGGACUGCGACGCCCAGAGGACUUGCAACAGCCAUGGGGUAUGCAACGACCAAGGACACUGCCACUGCGACGAUGGGUGGAGCCCGCCAAACUGUAACCGUGCGGGGAUAGGCGGUAGCAUCGACAGCGGUCCCACGAAGAUAGACUACUCCCUCAGAAACGGCCUUUUGAUCUUCUUCCUGCUCGUCGUGCCUCUGCUGGUUCUUUUUGUUCUGGUGCUCCUCUUCCUCUUCAGGAGAGAUGCGCUCAACCCGUGCCUGAAACAAGUUCACCGUUUAAGACCACAUCAUGCUGGACACGGCAGCGCCAAUGGACAUUCAAACAGCAAUACUGUGGCACACGCUACCACUCGUAUUCCAGCAGAAGUCCCUCCACAGAGGCUUCCAUACCCACCGGCUACCUCGGCUCCGAUUUCUGGUUUCAGGAAUGGAGAACUGGAUUAUUGGAACACAGAUUUAAACACUACCUAUGCACAGCCCGAGGCUCCCAGACAGGGCCCCGGGGUCCCGAAAGCGAUUCCCUCCCAGCGGCCACCAAACUAAGAUGAUUUAUCUUUUUUUGUAUGUUGAAUGUAAGAGGGGUUUUUUUUGUUGUUGUUUUUUUGUUUUACAGCUGACAGGAAGCAGUCAAAUAAUGCACUCUUAAAUCUGUGAAGUUGAUUCUUCUAACGUGGAGUAUGUCAUCAUGUGUAUUAAUGUUUAAUAUUUAUUGGAAUGGAUGUAAUUCAAUUGUUAAUCAGCUAUACUGUAUAUAUUUUCUGAACAAUUUUAAUGUUUUUGUGAAUUAAAGGAAAUGCCAAUUGUAAUAAAUAAAUUUCUUACACGCUUAAAACCA